GGCUUGGCUCGGGGCGGCCCCGGCGGGGGCGCAGUCUCCCGGGCGCGGGGCCGGCCCCGCGGUGCACCCGGCGGGCAACAUGGAUCUGCUGUCGGCGUUGAGUUUGGGCGAGCUGGCCCUCAGCUUCUCACGGGUGCCGCUCUUCCCCGUCUUCGAUCUCAGCUACUUCAUCGUCUCCAUCCUCUACCUCAAGUAUGAGCCAGGAGCAAUGGAGUUGUCUCGGCGCCACCCUGCCGCGUCCUGGCUCUGUGCCAUGUUGCACUGUUUCGGGAGUUACAUCCUGGCGGACUUGCUUCUGGGAGAGCCGGUGAUCGACUACUUCAGCAACAACUCCAGUGUCCUGCUGGCCUCUGCCGUCUGGUACUUGAUUUUCUUCUGCCCACUGGACCUAUUCUACAAGUGCGUGAGCUUCCUGCCCGUGAAGCUCAUCUUUGUGGCCAUGAAGGAGGUGGUGAGGGUCCGCAAGAUUGCCGUGGGCAUCCACCACGCCCACCACCACUACCACCAUGGCUGGUUCAUCAUGAUCGCCACCGGCUGGGUCAAAGGCUCUGGGGUCGCCCUCUUGUCCAGCGUGGAGCAGUUGCUCCGGGGAGUCUGGAAGCCGGAGUCGAAUGAGAUCCUGCACAUGUCCUUCCCCACCAAGGCCAGCCUGUAUGCCAUCCUGUUCACGCUGCAGCAGACACGGUGGCUCCCAGUGUCCAAGGCCAGCCUCAUCUUCCUCUUCACCAUGUUCAUGGUGUCCUGCAAGGUGUUCCUCACCGCUACUCACUCGCACAGCUGUCCAUUCGAUGUCCUGGAGGGCUACGCCUGCCCGGUGCUGUUUGGGGCGUCCUGGGGAAGUGACCAUCACCAUGACAACCACGGGGCAGGCCACAGCGUGGGCCACGGGGGAGUCCACGGGGCGGGGCCGGGCCCCCAGCAUUCCGCCCUGCCCAGGUCCAAGGAGGAGCUGAGCGAGGGCACCAGGAAGAGGAAGACCAAGAAGGCAGACUAGGGGGUGCCUGGGGAGCAGACCCAGGCCCAGGACCCGCCCAGGAACAGAGUGGGAGCUUCCUGCCGCAGAAUUCCCCUGUGAGAAGCCUUCACUUCCUGUCUCCUCCACCCAGCCAGUGCUAGCCUUCUGGGGCUGAUGUCAGGUUCCGUGGGAUAGGAGCUGAAGGACUUCUGUGGGAAUAAAGGAUUCUCUCUCUCUCUC